UAGGAAAGGUUAGGGAAAGCCCUUGAAUUGUGAAGAUAUCAACGCGUCAAUUGCUGGUAAAUUAAUGGACAUGAACGGCUGCAGUCUUGGUAAAGCUACCUAAAGAUGACCUCAAACAUUAAGAGCAGGAAUUGUGCAGACCUGAAGGGGGAAAUAACGUCUCAUUUAGGUGUCUUGUUCGUACGCGCAUCUCAGGGUAGACAUCCGAUGGUGGAGAUGAAGAGCUACAAUUGCAAACUUGAUUAAAUGACAUGAACACUGCGUGAACUCGAGCAGCAGUCCAAGUUGCGAUAACACUGAAGAGUUGUACACCCAACUUAUCAUUGUGCUUUCUCAUCUACCUCCGCAUGAGUUGUUUUGGAAAGCUGUCAACCUAUGUCGGCAUUCAGCGUCUGUCUUGAAACCAUCGUAAACAAAAUUGCACUAGACAGCAGUCGCUCUAAGACCACGACAUCGCAACUUCGGACUCGUUCUACAUACGGACCCGGAGCAUGGAAUCCGUCCGCCUCGGCACUCAACCCUGGUCAUCCUCCCACGUCCGCGACCCCGGUUGUCUUUACGACGUCGCGCCCGGAGACCGUACGAUAUCCUCUGCUUCGGGAAACGCUGCACGGCGCACGGCGCGUCGUACCGCUCCAAAUCCUCGCCGGUGGGCUCGGGCACGGAAGCGCUUCCCCCCCUGUACCCCGUCUGUUCUCAAUGCAGGCGUUCCCUGGCUCUGAGUCGCGGACAGGCAUUGCUAAUGCGUUCGAGGUUUAUGUGUCGUCGCGAUCGGGCAGUUGCUUGAGCUCGAGAUGGACGCGUGAGAAAAGCAAAAGUGCGAGAAUGGUGUGUCCACGAUCUGGGAUCAACCCUGCUUUGGACGCGGGAUGCAGAGCGUCUACGUGGCUUCUGUAAGGCACAGCUCUGACGCGUCCAACCGGCAGUCUUCCGUGCAGGCGUCAGCGGCGCGCGCUGU